UUUGACCAACCUUGCUCUACUGUUCAUUUUGUAUUACUGAGCUUGCCAACAUGUCCCAGUUAUCCGGUGAGCAGUCGCUCACUAUGUUCUUUGACAACGAAUUCAACCCUUCAACCUAUGUUGAUGCGUUAUUCCAAUCAAUCAUUACAAAAUCUAAUCCCGAGCUAAAUUUAAACCAUUCAACUCCAACUCCGGCAACUUCUUAUAAUAAAAAGACUUUGAAUUUACUAUCAAAUAAUCUAUCAGAUAUAACCACCCAUCUAGAUUACUAUACGAACGAAUUGUCAACCGAAUUAUCAACUCAGAUUAACACAUUGAAGCAAACUUCUUCCUCAAUUCUUUCAAAUCUGACAAAUAAUGACAAUAUAACAAGACUACAAUACUAUAUUACUUCAUUGAAUCACUCAAUAGUUUCAUUGAAUUCGGAAAUAGAGUCAGUCAAGUCAAAAAACUCCACCAACGAGAUUAAUAACAAGUCGAUAAAAAAUUUGAUUGAUUUAAAGUUAGUUAGAUCCAAUUUGUUAAAAGUUUUAACCAAUAUUGAAAAAUUAAACUUAAUUAUUAAUAGUAAAGACGGUAGCAGUAUUAACUUACAAGAAUUUCAGGAGUCAACUGAUUUGCUAUAUGAGACUUUGAAACAGAGUUUCACUAAAGAAUUAUCAAAUGACGAAAAACAAGAUCUAGUUGAUAAUUGUAACGAUUUGAUAGACUUAUUACCAUUAUUUAAAAAUUUGAAUAAUUUCUAUCCAGUUUACAAAAAAUUUACAAGUGCAUUAAGUGAAGAUUUGAACAAGCUUGGAAAAUAA